AUGUUCCCUUACGAGGCCUUCGUCAAAGAGACAUGUCAUCUGACUGGCUCAGACGACGACGAACUUCGGCAUUAUAUAUCGAAGGCACAGGACCUACAAGAAGACGUGAACAGUUACUGGACUGACGGGGUACUGGAUGUGGAAAUGGAUGGGCCAAGCAACAUAUUGCGCAGAAUAGGAGAUUCGCAGACCUGGAUACUCGAUCUCGACACUGCCGGUGUCGCAAUACCUGAGACGCCUGACACCAUACUUGAGUCUUCCAGUUUCGAGCUUCGACGUUCCUCUUCACCGUUUGUAUACAGUGCUUUCACCGAUCCGCUGGCCAGCAAGGAUGAAUAUCCGAGAUAUGAUCAGCUAUAUGAGGACCUCAGCCAUGCAGUCCUCAAGUAUCGGUACCUGAUACCACCAGGUACUGGCCCUUCGGUAAUGAACAAGAAAUGCGAUGCUAUUCUCAAGAAGUUGGAUCGCUUGACACGGGUCGAGCUGGAGAAGAUACCAGGAGCAGAACAUACUUUCACGCUUCAGGGGUUCACACUCCCAGCCACAUGGACAUUCUACGACGAAGAGAUUCUGGCGGAUUUGAAUGAUGCAUGGGAGAGUCGCGACGAGGUUUGGGUCCAGGAUGAAGGUCAGAAGACAGCAGAAUGCGAACAUGAAGCGGAGGGAGUGGUCGCGAGCGACGAGAACAACGUCGGUGGUUAG